AUGCAUUUAACAUUUUCAAUACUAAUUUGUUCUUUUUUUAUUGUUCUCGUUUCUGGAGCAAUUGAUCCGCGAAAUUUGAAAUGUUUAGUGUGCCGAACCACUUUUGACGAGCUUAACAGAGCCAUAAAGAAAGUGGAUAAAUGGAAGAAAAUUGAUGUGGGAAACUUUAGAAUGGAUGCUGAUGGCAACACAAUGCAAGACAAAGUGCCAGCUCACAGAUCAGCUGUGUACAUUUCUGAACUUAUUGAUGGAAUUUGUAAGAAAAUGGAUGACUAUGUCCGUGUGUACUAUAAAGCAACAGGCAAGUUAGCUAUCAUGCAACUCAUGACAGAGGGAGGUGGCAUGAAUCCAGAUUUCUCCAAAACCAAAUUUGUCACCGAUGAUGACUUGAAUAAGAGUUUAGAGUAUUAUUGUGAGCGUAUGUUUGAGGAGAAUGAAGAUGAAAUCACAGACUUGUAUAAGAAGAGGCCUCAUGAUGACAUCAUGCCUGAUGCAGAAAAAGAGAUCUGCUUCAAACACACGAACUUCUGUGAAACCUGGAUGUUGCCAAAUGCAGAGGACACCACGUGGACAGCAGAAAUGGAGAAAGAAUACACAAAGAUACACGGCUCAGACCCUUACGGUUUUGGCGGUGGUCUUGGUAUGCAGCCACCAUCACAAGAAGUUGAUGAUGAUGAAGGAUAUGAUGAUAGCGAGAAAGACGAGUUGUAA